AUGGGUGAACUCGCCAUCGUGCCUGCCGAAGACAUAGAGAAUCAUACCACGCUCCCCACCAGCUGUACGGGAUUUCAAUUCCCAAACCCAAAUAUCUAUGAAAACGCGCAAAUUGCAGAGUCGCUGGCAUCACAAGCAUCGUUCUCGUUGGCUCCACGAAUGACGAGCCGUCCCAGUCGGCUCAUUGAUGUCGGAAGUGAUGAUGUUGUACUCCCCAAGCUUGUCCCCAUGCAGGAAUUGGACAAAAUGGAGCUUGAUGACCUUCGCUAUUUGACGCUAAGUCACUGCUGGGGUGGGGCAGAAAUCCUUCGACUUCUUGUGCAGAACAUCGACGACUUGAAGUCCGGGAUUGAAAAGUCUACCCUGCCACAAACAUUCCAACAUGCGAUAGUUACAACUAGAGAACUAGGGUAUCGGUAUCUGUGGAUUGAUUCCCUAUGCAUCAUCCAAGACUCUCCACAGGACUGGGCCUACGAAUCGCAGUUCAUGGGCGAGAUAUACGCCAAUUCUAUUUGCACUAUCGCCGCGCUCGCCGCGCGCAAUUCUCAUGAGGGCUGCUUCUUCGAUAAUACUCGUAAUCCGCUGUUUUUUCGCCCAUGUCGGUUGCUCGACGACUUGUACGUGGAGGCCAACUCUAACAUCGGAGUUGAUCUUCGAAAGGGGCUGUCACCACUCCCGUUGCACACCCGCGCGUGGGUCGUUCAGGAGAGAAUACUUGCGCCAAGGACGGUUUACUACGGCUCCAUGGGUCUUGCCUGGGAAUGCGUGGACUGUUCUGCAACAGAAGCGAUUCCGUGGGGCGAGAAAAGCAGGUUCUCUCCGAAAGCCUCCUUCUUCGACAUACAGCAGGAGAAUAACGAGGAGAAAUAUUACAGCAACUGGAUAGAUAUUCAGAUCUCGUACACACGAUGUUCACUGACGCGAUUCGACGACAGGUUGGUGGCGAUACUGGGUGUCAUACAGCGAAUUCAAAGCUUGACAGGCUGGGAAAAUGUAUGGGGUAUGUGGAGAAACCGACUGCUGAUGGAGAUGUUGUGGUUCGUAGAGGAGCCGGCGAGAAGACCAGAGACAGGCAUGUAUCUUUCGCCGACCUGGUCCUGGGUGGGGAUUGAGGGAAGGGUAAUGAUGGCUGUGGGAGUUCAGGAGCAGAAGCGGUGGGCAGCAGAGGUUGUAGACGUUGGGUUGGCCGAAGAACGAGGAUAUGUUCGCCUGAAAGCGGCGAUGCGAGGGGUGAAAUGUACCGCUGCUUGCAAACUGAAUGGAGGGAAAGAGAUGCCACUCCCUAAGUGGGAAGAGGUGGAUUGGGAUCCAGACACAAUUUCGAAAACGGAUGGUGUGGAGGAAAUGGCAUGUUUAUUAAUUGCAAGGCUUCCAGAAUACCUUGGACCAGGGAGCGAGGCAUUCGACAUUGGAUUAGUGGUGCGACGGUCGAGAGGGGAGGAAUGGUCACGCAUUGGUUUAUUUCGGCAGCUUAGGGAGGGGGAUGCGGCGUUGUUUCCGAAGAAUUUAGCAGAGCUGCAGUUGAAGGAAAUAACGGUUGUGUAA